GACGUGUUGCAAGCGGGGUGAAAUCUCGGGAGCUGUCUAAAGGCGAGCGGAGAGGGGAACAAACAGCGUGAAGAUUUAAAAACGUACAUUUAGCAGACGGUGCAACAUUACGCAAAGAGGCAGCACCGUCACUUUCGAUUCGUUAAAGUUCUCUAACGACGAGACGCGUUCAAUUUAGCUUCACUUCUCGUAACUUUGGGGAAAGUUUAGCUGCACGGCUCUCGGAGGACCCAGAAAGUCGAGUCGGUGGUCGGCUGUUGGUUCUGCAGGAAUGUCGCAGAAAGAAAGACCAAAGUUUUAUCGGGAGGAGGUCAACAAGACGAUAUGGGAAGUCCCGGAGCGCUACCAAAACCUGUCGCCGGUGGGCUCUGGCGCCUACGGAUCCGUGUGUUCUGCAUAUGACACGACGAUUGGUAUGGAGGUAGCUGUGAAGAAGCUCUCCCGGCCAUUUCAGUCCAUCAUCCAUGCCAAGAGAACAUACAGAGAGCUGCGGUUGCUGAAGCACAUGAAACAUGAAAAUGUGAUUGGCCUCCUAGAUGUCUUCAGCCCCGCUACUAGUCUGAAGGAAUUCACUGAUGUGUAUCUUGUGACUCACUUAAUGGGGGCGGAUCUCAACAACAUAGUGAAAUGUCAGAAGCUCACAGAUGACCAUGUGCAGUUCCUCAUAUACCAGAUCCUCAGAGGGUUAAAGUAUAUCCACUCAGCAGACAUCAUUCACAGAGAUUUGAAACCAAGUAAUCUGGCGGUGAAUGAAGACUGUGAGCUGAAGAUUCUGGACUUUGGUUUGGCGCGGCACACUGACGAUGAGAUGACCGGCUAUGUGGCCACUCGUUGGUACCGCGCCCCAGAGAUCAUGCUGAACUGGAUGCAUUACAACAUGACAGUUGAUAUUUGGUCAGUGGGCUGCAUAAUGGCAGAACUUCUCACUGGAAAAACUCUGUUUCCUGGAACUGACCAUAUAAACCAGCUUCAGCAGAUAAUGCGUCUAACAGGAACGCCCCCAGCAUCUCUAAUAAACAGGAUGCCCAGCCAUGAGGCCAGAAACUACAUCAGUUCCUUGGCAAACAUGCCCAAGAGGAACUUUGCUGAUGUGUUCAUUGGUGCCAACCCACAAGCUGUGGACCUUCUGGAGAAAAUGCUGGUUCUGGAUACAGACAAGCGGAUAACAGCGUCCGAGGCUCUGGCUCACCCCUACUUCGCUCAGUACCACGACCCAGACGACGAGCCUGAGGCCGAGCCGUACGACCAGAGCUUUGAGAGCCGCGAGCUGGAGAUCGAAGAGUGGAAACGAUUAACCUACGAGGCGCUGUGUACUUUUGAGCCACCUGUCUUUGAUGACGACAUGGAGUAACGCCACAUCGAGUCCUGCCUCCGACAAGUUGUAACAAUCCCGAACAUGUUCAUUAGUGCAGUUAUUAUUUUUAUUUAUGAACCACUAAUGUUGAUGAACUGUUGCUGGGAAAUGGCAAUUCUUGCCGAUAGCUGAAAUCAUUUUAUAGUUAACUAUUAUUAUUUUUUUAAAUAUAGACUUUGAUGACUUGUCACUGUGACACUGAGAUGCUGAAUCACCUGGACCUAUAGCUGUGUUACUUUGUGUUUUUAAAUUUGCUAUUGAAUAACUUAUGAAUAAGCUUCUGUGUCCAUCAAUUGAAAAAGGAAUAUGCUAGUCUACCACUUGCCCUGCCAAGCUGUCACAAACAGCACUGAGUCACAUGGAUUUGUAAAAUGAUUCAGUUGUCAUAAUGGUUCCUAUAUUUAACAUGACAUAACUCUGAAGGGUUUCAUAUUGACAGAAGUAGAUUUGAUGUUUUUAGGUAUUUGAGAAUGUGCCUGCUCUGUGUAGUCGCUGACCUUCAGUGCUCACCAAUGGAAUUUCACACAUUUUAAUGUUUAUUUUGAUAGUUUAGAUGCUCUGUGAGACUCUUAUACAUAUUUUGGCUACACAGCGAAAUCUGAGCCUUCACUGUUUAAGGACAGUGCCAUUCAACAACAAACAAUAUUCAUGGGUACAGCUCUACUCAAAACGAUGUAAAUAUCUGUGCGUUAUGUUUUAAUCUCUGUUUUUAUCUUAGCUUGUGAAGCAAUCACUUUUAUUGUGUACAUCAGUUAAAAUCGUGUGCGUUUGCGAGUGUGUGUUGUUGGUUUACAGGAAUUAAAUGGUGUCAUGCGAAAACUUCAAGUAGAAAUACUGCUUAAAUGUGUAAAAGAGGGAUCUCCGAUGUAUUUAUACUUUGUGGAGGUGGUAUUUAUGAACGACAAUUGAAAGAUCCCGCAAACUAUUUUCAGUCCAGCAGAGUAACUUCUAUCUUCAGUCCUUUGUUUAACAAAAUAAAGACUUAUUUUUAAGAGA